UCUUUCGCAACCCCGUAACCCGAUCUUUUCACGACCUUUGUAACGGGAACGACCUUAGGAAGCUUUAAGAUACACGCGUUCGUCGCUUCUACGGAGAAAUUUAGGAGUUGGAGAAAUCUUUUUUGCCUUCACACAGCCAGCAGGAAUUAUAACGGAGGAAAACCGGGGAAUCUGGAGUAAAACCCUCGGAGCAAGGACGAGGACCAUGCAACAAGGAGCCCAUGGGCUCCUGACCCAUUUAUGACGCCAGGUCCAGGAAUCCAACUCGGGCCACAUUGGUGGGAGGCGAGCGCUCUCGCCAUUGCGCCACUCCUGCUUCCUUUCAACUUCGCAGCUGUAAAAAUUAAUGAAGGUGUUGGGAAAAGAAUCUGAAAAGACUCAAAGACAAGCUUUAGGUACAUUGACAGAAGCAUCGCACUUUCGACACGGCAGCAUAAUGUGGGCUCCAGACGAUUCCAACAGCAACACGGUACAUUUUUCAUUUCGUAUCGGGUGGAGACGGUCAUCCAGCUCUAAUCUCAACUGCGACCAGAAUAUGAUAAGCAGCAGUCAACUUAUAUCUUACGGAGGCUCGUGGAAUACAAAAUGUGAUAAUUCGUAUAAUUCACUAUGUGGGUCUUCGCAUGCCAUUUCAAACACCUACUUCUAUUGCACUGAUUAUAGUGUCUCUGAGGAUUGGACCGUGGGCGAAAAUAACUUUACUUACACUUUCCACAACAGCGAAAAGCAAUGGCAUGUGAGUUAUUCAGGUUGCUGUUGGAUUUCUCUGAGUCAUUAUGCUGGUUCCUCAAGUUGGAAAGUAGAGACUGCUAUAAAUCUCGCUCCACGAUGGGACAACGGCAAAAUUAACUCAUCUCCUGUAACAAGAAGCCCACCCAUUGUUCGAUUUCCAGGAGGUUGCCGUCAGUCAUUUAGGAUCCCAGUUGAAGACCCAGAUGGAGAUACAGUGAAAUGUCGCUUUGCGACUUAUUCAGAGUCCUUCAAGGUCAAUACAAGUUUUCCUUACGGUGAAUUGGAUGAGACAUCUUGUCUUCUAACAUACGAUGGGUCGCAAGCAGCAGUUGGUGGAAUCUAUGCGAUAGCAUUAUCUCUAGAAGACUUCCCAGCGGGUACAACAAACUUUGGCAGCGUCACACCGUUCAGCAGUAUACCAUUACAGUUUCUUGUCAUGGUUGUGGGUAAUCAUGCUGGUCAUUGUGACGAAAAACCUGUCUUCACAGCAACGACCCCAAAAGAUGGUGAAUGUUCCGAUGUCCCGAUUGGCUCUUCUUAUAGAGCAGUAAUCGAAGUACAAGUGGCAGAUUUCUCAAAAUCAAUUGUGGAAAUAAGCACUGCAUCUCCAAGUGGAAUGCAACUUACUUCAUUACGUAAUCAAGGACAAAUCUACUACAGGAAUGUCACGUGGUACCCUAGUCAACAUCAAAUAGGACAGCAGCUUUUCUGCUUUAAGGCAGUAGACUCUGCUGGACUGGAAAGUGACUGGCGAUGUGUGACAAUUCUCGUUGGCAUGAGCAGUACUCCGCGAGUCAUUUUAGCAACUCGUAGACCCUUAACACCCGUGAGCAGAUAUGGAUCAGGCUAUUCCAGCUGGAGCGUUCAGUUUGACCGAUUGAUAAAAAAACCUCGAACAUCAGCUUACAUAAGACUCGUCUUGCUGCCCAGCGGACAAACACUCUACAAAGUAGAAGCUCUCUCUAAAAAUGUCACAGUCGGUAGUAAUUCAACUACUCUGCAAUUUGCGAUACCUUAUCCUGUGUUAAGCAUGGAUGGAUUAUACGCAAUCUCAAUGGAUAAAGGAAUAGUGGUUGGACAAGGCUGUUCUUCUGGCGGCACACCCACACCCGGAAUAUCAUCCUUAAGUGACUGGAGAUUCUACAUAAAUGGUGUUUGUUCUUCUGGAUAUUCUCUUCGUACACCCUACUUCAAUAGCUGUGCUGAUAUAGAUGAAUGUGCCUACACUGGUUCUACAGGUCCGUCAAAUAUUUUUCCGGAGUUCACGUUACCAGCCGGUUGUGAUCAGGACUGUGACAACACUCCCGGGAAUUACAGCUGUUCUUGUGAAAGGGGAUUUCAACUCCAGUCGGACGGAAAGUCUUGUACAGAUAUCAUCGAAUGUUCCAUCAAUAAUGGUGGCUGCAGUCAUAGUUGCUUCAACAUCCCUGGAACUUUUUACUGCGGAUGUCCCAAAGGAUUAACUAUGGGGAUAAACAAUUUAACUUGUGUUGACCAAACUGCAAGUGUUUCUUGUGGAGAGAACAUAAUGACGGUUUCUCUGGAAAAGCAAAGAUUCCAUUACUUUACAGCCAAUCAACUACGCUUGCGCUAUGCCUCAUGCAGAGCCACCGAGAAUUCCACCCACUUCUUAAUCAGCACCUCUUUAAAUAACUGUGGGACGCAGCGGAACGAAACCGAGGAUUAUUUAAUCUUUUGGAAUGAGGUCCUGGCGGACGCCCUGAUUAUCGAUGGUGUGGUUACCCGCACACAUGAAAUAAAGCUGCCAUUUUACUGCCACUACUCCAGGAGGAAGUUAAUGAGCCUGGCCUUCACACCUCAGAGAAUUUACUUCGGGAAUGAAACGGGAUAUGGUUCGGUCUCUUUCAAGAUGGACUUCUAUAAGAAUUCUUCUUUUGCCACGCCUUUCACAGAGCAGGACUACCCUCUAUCAGUGGCUCUGAAUGAGUAUGUGUAUCUACAGUACAGUGUGGCGUCCACAGCUGACCUGGUUAUCAUGGCUGAGAACUGUAAGGCAACUAAAGACGUAAGCUUUUAUUCGUGGCCGCAAUACACCUUUCUACAAAACGGAUGCCCAGAAGAUUCAACGCUUGACUACAGUUAUAAUCCAACCCGAUACUACCAACAGUUUAAAAUCCGAGCGCUUAGAUUUCGGAACGACUACGACACUGUUUACUUCCACUGUGAGCUGCUGGCCUGUCACCGUAAUUCGCCGGGUUCCAGGUGCAGCAAGGGCUGUAUUAGGAACAAAAGAAAGAGGAGAGAAGUGACCCGAGAUGAAGUAGAGCAAGAAGAGAGUACAAACAAAGUCAUUCUUACAGGUGGACCUGUAGUGUUCAAGGCGGCAAAAGAUGGCAAACUACUCGAUCACGAGCCAAGUCAAAGUAAACAAACAGCUCUGAUCGGUGGUGUGGCAGGCGCUGGAGGAUUUUGUCUGAUCGCAGUUGUAGCUCUGGCUAUUUUGUUGGUCAAGUCCCGCAGGACGCAACCGCGUUUGUCAAACAACAAGAAUGAAGAGAGAGCGGGAUACAAAAAUUCUGCUUACAUACCGGAGGCUGACGUGAACGGAAACGAAAGCUGCGCUUAAAACGAUUAUAACGUUAAAAGGCUGAUGGUAGCUUCAAUUGUUUGCUAAACUCCCUCUGUAUAGCUUCGGUGUUAAGAAUUCAAAGCCUGUUUGUUACUUUUUAGAGAGUACAUGUUUGCUUGCGUAUUGUAAUACGCUCGAAAACUAACAUUAGCUUCACCAAGAGCUCAUAUUUUUUUAGAAGGUGUCCUCUGGACGCAAGGCCAGUAUAGCAGUAUGCAGUAGUCAAACCUUUCAGUUUUGUGCAUAUACUGUAGUCGUAUAUACAACUUCUCGAAGGUUUUUCUCUUAACGUGUAACUUGGCAUUGUCAACAUUGUUUAUAGGGAGAAAUAACAAAACGCUUGGCUAUAAUUUUGAAAAAAAAAGUCUUACUUGAUUCAUUUAAUAACGU